AUGCCCGCCGUCAACACCUUGCUCGCGGAGAGCGCCCUGCGCGCCGGCCCGCUCGUGCUCGAAACGCUCGUCAAGCACUACUUUGCGAAGCUGAAGCGCGACACAGAGAAGCAGGCGAAGACCAAGCUCAGCCAGGAGGACUUGCUGUACGAUCAGGCGUUCACUAUAAUCAAGGCAUUCCUCAACGAGGCGAGCUUACAUACUGUUGAAGAAAUCCAAGGCUUCUCGAACACCCGCACACCCGCGCCACCAUGGGUCAAGGUCGUGCGCGUCCUCGUGCCGCUCGAAUCAUGCGACAAGGCUGCGGAAUACAUCGUCGCAGCGCUCGGCGGCGUUGACAUGGCCAAGCGCGUCGUCGGAGGCGUCAAGUGGUGGCAAGUGCGCGGCCUGAAGGGCGUCGACGGUCAAUGGAUCUGCACGAAGAAGGACUACCAGGAGGCCAAGCGCCGCUACAAGGCUCGCGAAUCCCAUCCUGAGGUCAUCCUGGACGCGCCGGACGAUUCAGGCGUCUACGAACGCGACAUGGACGAGAUGCGCUGCAUCCUGUAUCUUCACGGUGGCGGAUAUUACUUCGGGAGCGUCGAUCAAGAGCGCUACAGUAUCCAGCGCUUCGCGCGGAAGAUCAACGGCCGAGUGUUUGCCAUCAACUACCGGCUUGCACCUCAGUACCCCUUCCCUUGUGCCCUCCAAGAUGCUCUCGCUGCAUACAUCUACCUCAUCCGCCCGCCGACCGGCGCCAUUCACAAGCCCGUCGAUCCGGCUCACAUCGUCGUCGGCGGCGACUCAGCCGGCGGCGGCCUCACUCUUGCCCUCCUUCAAGUCAUCCGCGACACCCCAGACCUGCCUGCCCCCGCCGGCGGCCUCCUCAUCUCUCCUUGGUGCGACCUCACACACUCCUUCCCGAGCAUCCACACCAAUACAGCGACGGACGUGAUCCCCGACUUCGGCCUCUCCUUCCAGAAGCCGAGCACGCUGUGGCCGCCGCCAUCCGCGGACAUAACGUCGCGCGUGCACGCUGGACUGAAGAGUCGGAUCCGGCAGGUCUUUCAUCCUCACGGGGACCCCGGCGGUGUGCGGCGCGCAGAGAGCAGGAUCUCGCGCGAGUACUUUGAUGAGGAGCGGCCGGCUGCGCUGUCUCCUGGCGGUGUCGAGAUGGGGCGGACGACGCCGUUGCCGCCUUUGGACCAGGACACGGAGGUCGUGACGAUGCGCACGAAGAGCGGAGAGGGUCUCUCCCUAGACCGACAAGUGCAUCUCUAUGCUCAGAAUAGCCUGAUCGGACAUCCGCUCGUCAGUCCGGCCCUCUCAUAUCUGGGCGGUCUGCCGCCACUCUUGUUUAUCGUCAGCGACAGGGAGGUGCUGAGGGACGAGGAUGUUUACACAGCCCACAAAGCGGCCUACCCUGAGCGAUUUCCCGUACGACAAGAGGCGCGGGAUCUCUACCCGACCCUCAACGGCAUUGAAGAACGGUUCGGUCGCACGCCAGUGCACUUGCAGGUUUACGACGACACCGCGCACAUUCUGCCCAUCCUCUUCCCGUUCACGACGCCGGCGAAGUUCUGCUUCCGCGCCAUCGCGACGUUCUGCAAGUACGUGACCGGGAUGCCGCUCGCCUCCGCCGGUCAGAUCAGUCCUUCGCCUUCCUCGUCGCAAUUUCUGGACGAGAAUGGAGGUGGCGAGGUGCCGGGCUCGCCGACGAAGAUUGCGAAGAGAAACUCGAUCAUCGGCCGGGCGAGGAGCACUAUACGGAAGGCGUCCUUGUCGAGGGCAGGGUCAUUGUCACGGACGCACUCAGAGUCGCGCGUACGGAGGAGUACUGUGGACAUACCGCCGUCGCCGGCUCGGUCUGCUUUUGCGCCACCUUUGUCGCCUCUGCUGCCUACGCCUUCGUCAGAGCAGCAGCAGCAGCAGGGGGCGAUGCUCGACAAGCCGCUCGUACCCUCUCCUUUGCCGUCGCCGUCGCCUUCUACAACGAAUCUCAGCGCGGCCCCGCCGAAGAGCCCAUCGUACAAGGACAAAUCGACAGCAUCCUCGGACGUCGGCGGGGCUCGCUUCCACCGGUCUACAGCGGUCGGCAUUGCCCAGGGCGAGCGCUACGCAGGCAACCCCUCAGUAUACGGUUCGACAAGCACCAACGAACAAGGCUCGCCCACCCUCGGAUCCUGGAACGGCGACAUGAUCCGCGAGCGUGUCGCUACCGCCGGGAUCGUCCGCCCCCUCGAGCCCGAGUCCGAGCUACCCGCCUUCCAAGUCGACCCCGACGCCGUCGGCCGCAUCACCGAGCUCACUGUCCGCCGCUUCAUCGACGGCAAGGCGCGCUACGGGAAGAAGUACGAGCGCGCCUUGAAGGGCAUCGAGCGCGAGCGGAAGCGUCUCUUGGAGCGCGCGCGCAAGCAGACCGCGUCGCCCGCGCCCACUACAACGCCGCAGCCGGACAAGCCGAGCUGGGGGUGGGGCUGGGCGCUGGAUGGGGAGCGGCCGCCGCCGAGCAGUGUGGCGGCGAGGCGGGAUACGGAGGAGGCGAUGCGGCUGGCGCGGAUUGCGGAUGAGGGCGUGUUCCAGAGGGAGCAUGUGCUGAGCGGGAAUAAUUUGUGGUCGGUCGUUGUCAAUUUUCUGACGGUGGGGCCGGAGAGGAGUGAGGGGCGAAACCAUGAGGGCGAGGAACACCCGAAGGACGAGGAGCAUCCGAAGCGCGAGGGUGUGAAGGGGAGGCGGCCCUCGCACGGGGAACACAACGAGGCCCGGGCGAAGACGGAGGAUGACGCGGUGACGCGUCCUCGAGCAGAGAGUGCGCUGCGGUCGAAGUUUGGACAGGUUUACCAACUGCAAUGUAAUGUUAACGACCCUCGCGGUACCACAUCGUUCACUUCCUGCUCUAUCUUAUAUACCAGCGUAUGGAACUCAUUAAUGGACGCUAUCGCAUGCUUCUAG